AUGAUACAUACAAAAAAGCAUUCUAAAUAAACCAAAAAAUCAAAGACUAGCGAUGAUUUCACUGAGCCUCAUCCAAAAUUAUUACUAGAACGUUUCCCCUACACCUCAAAAGAUUUUUAACUUAAAGAUGUUCCUGUAAUAGCCAUUGAUCAAAGUUUUUUUAAUGAUCCAUUCAAAAUGAUUGAUGAACUCUAUAGCAAAGGUUAUGAGUAAUUUGGAAUUGUAAAACUGAUUCUACCUUCAGAUUUAGUGAUUCCGAAUAAGAAAUUCUUCUCUCAGUUAGAGUCUAAGCUUAAGGGUAAGAGAAUACAAACUCGUAUCUAAACAUUAAACACUCAAAGAGCUGGAGAGGUAUUUUCCUUUAUUAGCAUAGAUAUUUGGUUCUAACACUCUAGGAUUUACUAUCUAGGAGUAUAUGAAUCUUGCUAAUAAGUUUGAGUGCAGUCAUAGAUUGUAAGGAGUAAGAGAAGUGUCUAAUCAAAUUCGAUAGAAUGAAAUAGAGUUCUGGUCAAUUAUAGAUUAUCCAACUAAAUACGAAGAUAUUGAAGUGGAGUAUGCAGCAGAUCUUUUAGCAUCUAAAUAUGCCACAGGGUUUUAGGAAGGAUAGUUAGGGAAUCUAAAUGGAAUAAAUAAAAACAGGAAUUCCAUUUUCUAAGUUCUUUAGGAAAAGAAUGAAAUUAAUGGUAUCUCAGUACCUUGGUUGUAUUUGGGUAUGAAAUAUGCUAACUUCUGUUGGCAUAAGGAAGAUCUUAAUUUAAAUUCAAUGAAUUAUAUGCAUGCAGGAGCUGCAAAGACAUGGUAAUCUAUUUGAUUAAAAAUCAACUAGGUAUGCUGUGCCACCUAGUUACAGUGAUAAGUUUCUUUAAUUCUUCAAUAAAGCCUAUGAGAAUGAAAGGAAAUCAAACCCUCGCUUAUUGUAUGAUAUCACUUGUUAAAUCUCACCUGUAGAGUUAAUUGAGAAUGGAAUCCCAAUUCUAAGAACUGAUCAACAACCAGGUGAAUUAAUAUUAACUUUGGGUGCUACAUAUCAUGCAGGUUUUUCUCAUGGUAUUUAUAUUAAAUAAAAAUAAGGACUAAAUUGUAGUGAAGCUGUUAAUGUUGCUCCAAUUUAAUGGCUAAAAGAAUUCGAUAAAGCAACAUAAGAAUAUCGUAUGGAUGGAAACUUAAAGAAGGUAUUUAAAAUGGAGAUUAUCUAUUUUAGGUGAGUUUCCCUUUAGAAUGGUUGCUUUGUAAGGUAGCCUUAAUGGCUGAAGAGAUAAAGUUCACAAAAUAAGCAUGGUAAAAAGUAUAUUUUUUAAAUUAUAUUUAAGUUGUUUGAGAAAUUUAAACAAAUGAUGGAUUAAGAAAUUAAUCAUCGUAAUUGUAUAAUAAGUUUGUAUGAUCAUGUUAAAAUAAUUGAAUUUGCAAAUAAGUAGGAAAAAUAUGAUAGAAGUGUUUGCAAAAUCUGUUCCAAUUAUAUGUAUUUAAGUUACAUUUUUUGUGGGAAGUAAUAUAUUCCAUAAUAUUAUUAGAUGUUUAAAAAAGGGAUGUAUUUGUCAUUAAAGUAUUUGUGCUUGUGCUUCUCCAUAAAUAUCACUAUAUAAUCGAUACAAUAAUGAAGAACUAUAAGUGAUGAUUGCUACAUUAGAGUCAAAAAUUAGAACAACGGGGUCGUGAUUAAAUACUUUAUAUAUUAUAUUUUAACAGAUAUUAGUGAAUAAAAAUUAACAAUAAAAAAAAUAACAAAUUGCCUGUGCAUGUCUGAAAUUGAUAUUACCUCUUAAGAGAAUACUCUCGAACUACCUAAAUUUGAAGAAACUCUUCCUGAUUUUAAACCUGAACCUCGCAAAGAUCUUAAGUAUGAAAUCAAACAUGAACCAAAAUCAUCAUUUGGUCAAUCAUCUAAAGACCUUAUUGAAUAGUACAAAAGUAAAUUUAACUCCUUUAAACAAAUGGCUGAAGAUUAACAACCUUUAGCUAUGGAACCAUCUGUUAUUGAAAAAUCAGAAAAAUCUGAUAUAUGGAGGAGUGAUGCUGAAAUUCUAAAAUCUCCUAAAGAAUGGGAUUGGAAUAUUUUGGGAUCUAAAAAGGCUUCAACAACCAGUAAUCAAAUUUAAUUUGAUGUUCAUGUACCAGAUUCAAUGGUUUCUGAAUAGGAACACAAAGCAUAAAUUGCCUAACAUAGAUAAAUGAUUUUAGGUGUAUUAGAUUAGAAAAUUGAACCAGGUUUAAAAUUACCUUCAUCUCAUUAAACUUAGAAGCCUGUUGUUGGUGAAUAACAUUCUAAUUAUUAAAAUAUUUUGGAAAAAUUUAGAAGUGCAUCUUCUUUAGAUGAUUUAACAACAUUAUUCAAUACAGUUUAAUAAAGAAAAGUAGUUGAUUAAGCAGCUCCUUAAUAAUAAUAAUAAGAUGAUUUAUUCUCUAAUCUUGAUAUCAGAAGAAAUAAAAAGGCUGAGGCAUAAAUUUAAUAGUACAAGACACCAAGUAAAUCAUAAGAGGAAAUCUUUGAAUAUGGUUCAGGUAAUAGAACAACUUCAUUUUUCUAAAAGAAACCUUCAGCUUAAAAACAAUUAUUGCAAAGUCCAAGUUUGAAUAAUCAAUUCAAUUAUAGAUCUGAUUAAUCAGUAACUUCUAAAGUCACUUAAAAUAUGAACUUUUAAGUUGAUGUUAAAGAUCAUAGUAAGACUAGUAAAAGAAAGGAAGAACUUUAAAGUUUUAUGGGUAAAUUAGGUUUAGGUAAAUAUGAUACUCCUAAAGUGGUGAUCAAUUUGGAAAGUAAUACUUAGAGUAGUAAAUUAUUUAUAUAUAUUAAAAGAUUCCACAAUAGAUAGAAUGAGACAAUAUGUAAAUGGAACACCAAUGAGUGCAAGAAAGAGUGGAGGAGGUUUGGGUGAUUUGAUAAAUGAACGUUCUUUAAAUACUACAACAUUUAAGUAGUAAAUCAAAUCUUAUCAUAAAUCUGGUUCAAAGCCAGAUGCAUAAGGAAGAUUAAGUGCAGAUAAUCAAAAUUUAUCAGAAUAAUCACUUAGAAAUUUGCAUCUAAAAUUAGUACAUUAAUAAAAGAAUGGAAUUGGAAAUUCUGGAUUAAAAUAUGCUAGAUGUUGAUUUAUUAUACUUUUAUAUAUGGAAUUAUAUAUA